AUGUUCUCGCCACGGCAAUGUCCGUCGCUGCAUGAGCUUGGCCUUUCACAGCAUUUGGUCCGGGCUAUCAGGAGCCUCUACGAUAACACUGGGCCCUUGGAAAAGCGGCGGUGGUUGACCCGGCCAGUUCGACAGUAUCGUGCAACCCUGGGCGCAAUGGGCAGCGAUGCCUUCCUUGGAGAGAGCUUGACCGAAAGUUCGUUCGAUGGCCAACUGGAGAAUGUUGAAGCUCGAAGGCCAUCUACGCCGGUUGGCGGCUGCGUCAGCCAGUCUCGGCCCUCCUCGGCGUGUCGGGUUGGGGGUCCACCUGGGGUGGCUUCGAGGCCUGCUUCAGCAAACAAGGUGUCGCGAGGAGUGGGACCUCGCCUAUGGGCGCCAGGUGCACCAUAUCAUUCAUGCCGAUCACGACGGCCAUGGUCUGCACGCAGUAGUCAGACUUCAGCUACUAGCCUGGGUGGGUCUACCAAGGGUCUCGCUCAGUACGUGCCCGAAGGACAGGUGGCAUGCGGUACAUGUGACUGCACUGUCGAUUCGACCUGCUUCAAUUGCAUGUGCUCCAUGGCGGAGCCGCCUCUUCUUCGAAGACAGGGGAGGAGGCCUAGCGAUGUGCUGCUCAUGCAGCGUUCUGCGAGUGCGAGGCGUCGGCCUGCCGCUCGGCCCACCGCUGUCACACAGGCUGAAGAGCUGCAACCAGGUCGUGAUGUACGAGCCCGCCAAAUGAAGCAGGCUCGCAUCCGCGACUGGUUGGCCAGGAAAGAAGCUGAGCUCGAGGCAAGACGUCGGCAAAGACAGGCAGAGGUAGCCUUCUUUGACAAGUCUUGCUUCGGGAAGUGGGGAAGCUCCAUCUCCUAG